GACUACAAGUCCCAGAAUGCCACAGCGUGCGGCCCCACAUGACUCCCAUUCGGCCAAUCACAGGGCGCUCGCGUGGUCUACAAGUCCCAGAAUGUUACAGUCAGUCGCCCACGGCUGACUUCCUCUGAAAGAAACGAAAGUGGCAGCGGGCGACCGCUGGCCGUUUUGCAUAUAAUCUGGGACGGCGUUCUGUCAAAAGUUCCAAUUGAACAGCCGGGAGGGGGGAAUUGUCACCCCGCCCCUGUGUGUCCCUUGUUGGGGGGUGACCCCCUCUCUCUAUAACAUUAGUUGGACGGAGGACAUUGCCAGAUAAGCUUGUGCUGAGAUUAGAGUCUGUGAGAAGUACAAUGGAGGAUGUGGAGAGCAUACUGGCCAGGGUUCGAUCGGCUGCGGAUGCCAAUGGAAUAGAAUGGCUGCGGGCCCAGCUUUCUGCCGUGCUGCCGGAUUUGGAGAAAAUGACGGUUCCGCCCGCCCCAGAACUUCCACACGCUGAGAGGUCACGCCCCCCUCCUGUGCGAUCCAGCCCUGAACUGCCCCCGAGGGGCCGCCGCCGCCCUGGGAGCCCAGUCUUGGACCCUUCGGCCCCCACAGCCAAGAGAACCCCUGCUCUGUGGUCUGGUGGGGCUGGAAGGAAUUCCCUUCACAGGCGGACCCCGGGGGAGGAAUGUGGGUCACCCCCCAGCUCCUCAACCCCAUCUGCCGAUCAGCGGGACCAUGUGGCCUACCCGGCGGGUGUCCUGCCUGCCGCUGGAGCGGCCUGGCGAGGGAGAGAAAGUUCUACUAGUGCCGAUCAGAUUCCUGGGGCGACUGGGACUGCCACCGAGAGAAGCCGUGGUACUACUGGAGGGGGCGCCGGCGCGGCUACACCGAAGUGGGACUGGCACGCCGCUUCUGCCACGCAAUCACAACAGACAGAGCAGCGGGGGAGGAGGGCAGUCGCCAGUGACUUCUUCAGCCCGCAGCCUUCGGAGGAAGACCGGUCGGAGGAGGCGCUGACAACAUCGGAGGAUGGAGCAGAGGCCGCCAGUGACGUCUUCAGCCGGCAGCCUUUGGAGGAAGAUAGGGCGGAGGGGGCGCUGACAACAUCAGAGGGUGCCAGUGACGUCUUCAGCCGGCAGCCUUUGGAGGAAGACAGGUCGGAGGAGGCGCUGACAACAUCAGAGGAUGGAGCAGAGGCCGCCAGUGACGUCUUCACCCGGCAGCCUUGGGAGGAAGACAGGGCGGAGGGGGCGCUGACAACAUCAGAGGGUGCCAGUGACGUCUUCACCCGGCAGCCUUGGGAGGAAGACAGGUCGGAGGGGGAGCUGACAACAUCAGAGGAUGGAGAAGAGGCCGCCAGUGACGUCUUCAGCCGGCAGCCUUGGGAGGAAGACAGGGCGGAGGGGAAGCUGACAACAUUAGAGGAGGGAGCGAUGGACGCCAGAGACGUCUUCAGCCGGCGCCAGAUGCAUGGACAGCAUGCCCGCGGGCUGCCUUGGGAGGAAGAAAGGUCGGAGGACGCGUGGAGAAACCCUCUGCCGGGUUCUGAUACAGGGCUGCAGGGAUCCGUAUCGGCGACUGUGCGGUCUGGUGUCGCAGGGCAGCCUGGUUCAGAAUGUUUGGUGUGGAUCCUUGGCCAUAACUAUGUUGUCUUGGGAGCAGCACAUGCUGGUCUUAACCCUGAUGGUCUACAGUUGGGAUUUCCCAGGGAACAGGUCAGGAUCAAAUGGAUCGGGGUCCCGGGGAUGUUAUGGUCCAGGGUCUUGCCUGAGGUAAAUCACUAUUCCAGGCUUGACAGGCCCCCCGACGUGCUCCUUCUUCAUGUGGGAGGCAAUGACCUAGGGGUUCGUCCCUUACACGAGUUGAGUAGGGAUAUCAAAUCUGAUUUCCUGCACUUGCGGUCCUCGUUCCCCAAAACUGUUGUCGUGUGGUCUGAUAUUGUGGCUAGGACUUCCUGGAAAUUGGCGACGUCUGUGGCGAGGCUUAAUAAAGCUAGGAUCAAAAUAAACAAAGGGAUGGCAAGGUUUUUUGUCCAUAACGGUGGCUUAGCGAUUCGCCAUGGCGACAUGGAAAAGGAACAUCGGCUGUUCCUGAGAGAGGACGGGGUUCAUUUGAAUUCAGUGGGGAUCGACCUUUGGUGCUUAGGUCUGCAGGAAGGAAUCGAGCGUGCCUUUCGGGUGUGGCGGGGCGCCCAGGCGUAAAGUUUCAUACUGGGCAUCUGUGGCAGAGAUCGUAGAGGGUUUUUUUUUUUUUUUUGGAUGGAAUACAUGUUGGGGCAGUUGGCUGGAGAAUUUGCCGAAAAAUUGUCCCUGAGCUGGUGCGGCUGGGGGCCUUAGAAAUGCAAGGUGGUGAAAGCUGAACCCCUCCAGGUGGUGGACUGAGAAUGACGCUCUCCUCAAUGUGGAAGUAACAGGUGCUGGCUCAACACAAACGAUAAGAAGGAAAAUCUGGACAGCAGCACUCCAAUAUACGCAUUUUAUUGUAAAAAAAAUCAUCAAAGUUCAUGUAACAGAAGCAGGGGCAAGAUACUGACGCGUUUCACAACAGGCAAGGCGGUGCCAGAUACAUCUAGUUACAUCCUGACCUAGAAAACAAGCAGUUACAUUCAGUCUGAGAAGUUAUGGUAUAUUUGUUUCUGUUUAUUACCGCUUAUAUUAUGUAAUCUUUCAUGGUUGGUUAUUGUAAUAAAGGGCUGUUUAUGGCCAUUUAAGCGCAAGAAAGUAUGUCUGGUCUGAAUUAUUUAAAUAGGUGUA